AUGCACCUUGAAGACAUAAGGCGCCAGACCCAAGUCAUGAUCCUGCGAGUCAUCUCCCUGGCUGCCCUUCUGAGCCCCCAUGGAACUGGGGCCAUCAAGGUGGGCCACGUGUCAACAUAUGUCCAGUUUGUCCAGACACACAGACCCUCUGGAGAGUACAUGUUUGAGUUUGAUGAGGAUGAGCAGUUCUAUGUGGAUCUGGAUAAGAAGGAGACCAUCUGGCAUCUGCCAGAGUUUAUUCAUGCCUUCAACUUUGAUGCUUGGAAGGGUAUUGCUGACAUUGUCACAGCAAAGAAGAACCUGAACACUCUGAUCCAACGGUCCAACCACACCAGGGCCACAAAUGAGCCACCUGAGGUGGCCGUGUUUCCCAAGGAGCCUGUGGAGCUUGGACAGCCCAACACCCUCAUCUGCCAUGUGGACAAAUUCUUCCCACCUGUGCUCAAUGUCACAUGGCUGUGCAAUGGGCAGACGGUCACCAAAGGUGUGGCUGAGAGCAUCUUCCUGCCUAGCACAGAAUUCAGGUUCCACAAGUUCCACUACCUGACCUUCAUUCCCACGGCUGAAGAUGUCUAUGACUGCAAGGUGGAGCACUGGGGCCUGGACCAGCCGCUCCUUCAGCACUGGGAGGCCCAGGAGCCUAUCGAGGUGCCUGAGACAAUGGAGACUGUGGUCUGUGCCCUGGGCCUGGUGGUGGGCGUGGCGGGCAUCAUCACUGGCACCAUCAUCCUGAAGACCAGGAGGCCCGACCAUCCCUGGGUGCAGGGGCCCCUGUGA